GGGAAACAGAGUUAAAACAAGAUUCAAAAUCGAAUAGAGAGAGAAAGUGGAGAGAGAGAGUGGUUGCUCUUUGCGCAUUUCUUCUCCUCAUGUUUUCCCUUUCGACUCGUUGAAAUUCAAACCCUAAACACACGCAGAGAGAGAGAGAAAGAGAUCUAAUUCCCUCAGAUCUCUCCGAUUCCGUUCCCGUCUCUAAGGGUUUCACUCCGAUCGAUCCGUCUCCACCUCCUUUCCUCACGGUAUUUUGGGGUUUUAUUAUCUGGAGGAAACUUUUAGUUAAUUGUUGGGAUCAGAUCGGUGAUCUUGGAAAAGCGGUUUGGUGUCGAUGGAGGCGAUCGAAGAGUUGGCUCAGCUCUCGGAGUCGAUGCGGCAAGCCUCGGCUCUGCUUGCCGAUGAAGACGUUGACGAAAGCUCAAGCUCCGGUUCUUCUAGAAGGGCAUCCACUUUCCUCAAUGUCGUAGCUCUUGGCAAUGUUGGUGCUGGUAAGUCUGCAGUUUUGAACAGUUUAAUUGGGCAUCCUGUUCUGCCAACUGGUGAAAAUGGUGCCACUCGAGCUCCCAUAAGCAUUGAUUUACAGAGGGAUGGAUCUUUGAGCAGCAAAUCAAUCAUUUUGCAGAUUGACAAUAAAUCUCAACAAGUUUCUGCAAGUUAG